AUGGGAGAGAUUAUCAAAUUAAAUGAUUCUUUGUUUCGCUCAAAAACUCCUGAGUUUAAGUUAGAUUAUAAUAUUUUUAAGAAUUUUUUUGAAGAAGGUUAUGGUACUUCAACUAAGCUGAUGUUUAAACCACCAUUAAACAAAGGAACGUUAAAGUUGAAAUUAAUUAUGGAUAAGAAUGUUAUUAAAAUACCAAUGAUGAAAAGAUAUGAUGUUGAUAGCUUAAUGAUUUUAGGGUCAUUUGCGGUAAUUUACAAAGCUUUAUUUCUUAAGAUUGAUGCAGAUUUAGCUGAAGAGAAAUUUAGAUGUAUUGAUGAUGAGAGAUUCAAAGAUGUUGUUACAGGAAAAGAUAUGAUUGUUCUUGUUGAUGACAUUAAUGGUAUUGUUGAAUUCUUUAAGCAAAAUUAUAAAUCCGAAUUACGGAAACUAAAGACUGAUUACACCAAUGUGGAAAUUGAAAUACUGGAGAAAAUUACAAAUGUUUGUUGGCAUAUUAGCUUAGUUAAAAAUGAAGGGAUUCUACAAAGAGCUGCUAAUAAAAGUUAUUUACAAUAUGGAGAAGUGUUUCUACCAGAUCUACUCACGAUAAUAUCGAUGUAUCACGAUGAAUCAUUUAAAUGUUUUGUUGAAAUUGGUGCUGGCCUUUUUCAAAACAUUUAUAUCAUCAAUACAUUGAAAUUAUUCGAGAGUUUGAUCGGUUUCGAAGUGAAUUUCAAAUUAAAGAAAGUCAUGAAACAUUAUAAGAAAAACUUUAGAAAGAUUUGUGAUUUAUUGAGGCUUAAUCAUGAUAUGAGAAUGUACAAAACAAAAGUUAUAUUCUCCAAAGAUGAGAAAGCUUUUAUGAAGUUACACAAUUACGAACAAAAAUGUAUGGUUUUUGCUUCAAAUUUGCUGUUUUCUGAAUCAAGUUUGAUGGAUUUAAGAGAUAUUUAUUUGAAAGAUGAAAUUCAAAAAGGAUCAAUUUUUAUUUCAUAUAAAUUACCAAUUUUUGCAGAAUAUUCUAGAGGUAAAAGUGAAGAAAUUAAAAAUUCAUUGUUUAAUCAUAAAGUAUUCAUGUCUAGAUGUUCGUGGAGUAGUUCAUUGGUUCCACUUCAUAUUUUAGAAAGAAAAUAA